GUGGUUCGGUUCGGAUGGAUUUAUUCUCAGAUGUCCAAACCAAACCGUUGGCUAACCUCUCAGCAUUUAGCUACAUCCCACCGCGACGGAAUGAGCCCAAAGAAAUGUCCUACUUCAACACCAAGUCAAAGGUUCCCGUCGUGUCCACCUACGACCGAGUCUUCCACCAAGUCGAGGGUUUUGAGAUGAAGCUGCGACGCGAUGAUAGACAACACGAGAAAGGAAGGGGACUCAAUAUAAACCAGGAGGAGAGCUCCAGACCUGUGCCUGUGCUGUCAUCUUCCGAAUAUGGCCGCCGGAUCAAUCCGUACCUAAACCAAAAUCCACCACAGUUUGCACGCGUGGCUUCCAUGAAACAUGACUUUCACACGAAGAAUGGGAUCAUCUGGAGUGUGGAAGAAGGACACGGGUCAGUGGCUCCAAUCUGAAAGCCCUGUGUUUCCCAGCAUGACGUAAUAAAUCUGUUCGUCACAGAGCUGUUUGUAUGAUGGGACAGAAUUACCACAUAUACCGUACAUUUUUUAUUUUUUUUUUAACAUAGGGGGAAAAUCAUCAACCAGUUAAGGUCCGGAGAAAUUUUUUAUUAAAAUAUGUUUCUUUAAA